AUGCAUGGUGGUUGUGGUAUUCCAAAGGUUACACUUGAUGGUAUCUUAGAAGAUUGGUUACGUCUUCAAGAAAAGUUGGAUAGACUGGAACCGGUGGUGGCUCAAUUCAUUUACACCUAUAAAGGAAACGUUGAAGAAGACUUUUGGUAG